UUCAUCUUCUAGUUUAGGGUUUAUGCAAAAAGUUCAAAUCGAUAAAACUUCCGUCUAAUCGGAAAAAGUCACUAGAUUUGCUCCGUCAAAGUUUCUAUGGAUCCUUCAGCUCUUAAGUCACCAGAAUUGCAGCAUUUUCUCAAUCAAGAGAAGGAAAGGGCCAUGAUCAAUGAAAUGGUUGGAAAGCUUACAAGUGCUUGCUGGGAUAAAUGUAUCACUGGCACACCUGGAAGCAAGUUCAGCUCCAGUGAAUCUAACUGUCUAUCUAACUGUGCACAACGCUAUAUGGAAAUGAGCCUCAUGAUUGUCAAACGAUUUCAGAGCAUGCAGUGAAGAACAAUCAGCUGCAUAAUAUGCACACUUCCCAUUCCUUUGUGCCAAUGAAAACUAAAAUGUACACUGUUGAUUACUUGGUAGCAAUUACAAUUCGCAGGAAGGUCUGUUCUCAAUACAUUUAUUGAUGUUAGCAGAUGGAUGCUAUCUCUCAUUUGGGAUUUUUGUAAUGUAGAUCAAUAAAUUGAUUAGUUGUGUAUUUUUUUUGGGGCAUGAAAUGUCCAAAACAUGAAUGGAGAAUCACUUCUAU